AUGAUGAGACGAACGAUCGCCACGAGUGCUGUUUCUGCCACGAGAACGGCGGGCGCGACAUGGAGCCGCAGCCUGGCGAGCACCUCGACGGUCCUCCAGGCUGCCCGCAAGCCGCGCGUUGGUGAUAUUGACACCAGCAAAGUGGACUUCACGGCAGGCAUCAACUUCAACUCGCCUACCGAUGAGGACCCCGUCAAUGACGUGCAGAUGGAACAAGUCGUCAGGCAGAAGUUCCGCAACCGCAAGGGAUACCCGCACCCCUUCGAUGAGCUGGACCCCACCGACGAGCCCUUCAACCCGAAGAAGGCCCAAUUCCCCUUCUAA